AUGGCUAACACUCAUCGCACUUGUGGAAAAAUUCAACCAAUAGAUGUCGCUGCCAAAGGAUGCAAAACCUCAUCAAUGUUAGAAGAUGUAAGUAAAGAUAUUACCUCAUUACUUAUUUCAUCAAAAGCAUUGUUCGAAGAUAGACAAAAGAAGAAGACAAAUGUAGGGCAAAGUAAGGCAAAAGUAUUAAAGGAAAUAUCUAGGUUCAGACAGGAAAUCAAUGACCAUCUUGAUCAACUUGAAAACAAAUGUUGCUCUGAAGUGGAUAUCCUCGAACACACAAUUAGCAAAACGGUAGGCAAGGAACUGAUUGAAGCAGACAAACGGCAACAUGUUAUUCAAAAUAUAUGGCAACAAGUGGAUUUCUUUACUAAACACGGAUCCGAAAGUCAGUUAUUCAUCUUCCUAAACACAGUAAAGUCGGACAUCUCGAGACAAGCUGCAAGUCUACAAGACAUAAUUCCAUCACUUGAACCUAAUGAUUUAGAAUUCGAACCGUUAGAUUUGAUUUCGGUAAUGAAAUCUUUUGGAUCCGUAAAAAAAUGUUCUAUCCCAUGUACAGUGAACUAUCAACAUCAUAAACACAUGCAAGCACAAACACGUAAAAUACUUCAAAAAGUGCCAACAAAGUUUGAGUUCGAAAAAAAAGUCAAUAUAUCAAAAGGAAGAAUCACAUGUAUUGCAGUUACAGUCGAUAAUACGUUAUUAUUGUGUAAUGAUGAAACAAAGCAAAUUUCAUCAAUGAAUGAAACUGGACAACAUCUGCAAACUUGUACUGUUGCAGCGGGUAGGGUAUGGGGAAUAGCUCUAAUAACAGGAACACCUGAAGCAAUUGUUACAUUGCCUGAUAAUCGAUUAAUCCAGUUUUUCAAUGUUACCAGCUUCACCUUAGGAAGACAAAUCAAGGUUGACAUUGACCCAUAUGGUGUUGCAGUAGUGAAAGACAUUGUGAUCGUAGGUUCCAAUCGGGGAGAAGUAGUUUUCAUUCAGAGAGUGAGCGGAAAGUGGCUGAACACUCUGAAUGUUGGAUUCGGAACUAUAGUGUCAAUCGUUUCUGUUGUGAAUGAUCAAGAUGAACUAUUAUAUUGCUGCGAUUAUGCUGGUGGAAACAUGGUCAUUGGUUUAAAGUUUGAUGGAACUCCUAUUUUCUCCCACUCGUUGAGCGGACCAAUGUGUUUAGCAUUAGAUUCAAAAAGGAAUUCGUAUGUAACAGGAUACGAUUCAAAUGAUUUACAUCGUCUAUCAGCAGACGCAACAGUAGACGAUAUACUCCUCGGGAAUGCUGAUGGUUUAGACCACCCAUUAGCUGUUGCCUUCAACAUGACCUUUGAAAAAUUGUACAUUUCAAACGGAGGCAAUAAUAAGAGUGUUUUGAUUUUCAACUGUAAAUGA